CGCGACCCGAAAAAGUGGAGGAGAAACAAGAGGAGGCUGAAAAGGGCUCCUUGAUGAAUAAGGUGGAGGCGUAUCUUAAAAAUCAUCUUGGGGAAGAAGGGCGAACUCUUCGAGGAAAAUGCGUCGCCGUACAUCAGCAAGAAACUCGAGUUCCGUAAGGCUGCUAUUCACACGUCGAAAACUGAUGCACAAUCAGGCAAGAGAAGAAGAGGAGGGCGGCUAAUGAAUUAGCAGAAUACACGUCGGUGCACGAGUCCAAUACUUGGGUGCGUCUGGUCGGGAUGAAGAUUGUCUCCGCGAUGGCAGCCCCGAAGAAGAAGCUCAACAAGACGAUGAUCAAGCAUAAGAUUAAGGUCGCCCAUAACGCAAGACAGAGCAACAAGAAAAUGAGAUGAAGGCUGAACCUCCACCUCUGCAACUUUCAAAACUGUUCAAGAUGCUGUUGCGAAAAUGAAGUUGGAAGAUAUGACUAUAUACAAAGUGACACGAGCUAGGGUCUUAAUUAGUUGUAGCAGACCCCUCCAACGUGAAGCUGAAAUGAUGUGUUCUAAGUGGAUAACGAGGAAAGCGAAUGAAUUAUAUAAGUAAAUAUUGAGGAGAAGAUAAGUUGAGAUCUGUUGUUCAGUGCUCAACGAGAAGACCACGGAGGAGAAGAAAUAUUGUACUAUUGCUCAAUGAGGGCGGGCCGAGAUCAUUGAAUUCAAACGAGUAAACUCGCAUGAUGGUGAAUAAAAA